AUGGCAAAUGAAACAAGUCCAGCGGAAGUAUACGUGCACUUUCUACAGACUCAUCCCGUAGAGACGUCCAUCCUGAUAGCCUUUCUGCUUGUUCUCACAACUAUUGGAGUCUUUGGGAAUAUCCUCAUCAUCGGAGCAGUGUCUGUUACCAAAGGCUUGCAGACAGUGGCGAAUGUGUUCGUUGUGAACCUUGCGAUCUGCGAUAUUAUCCUCGCUGGUUGGGUGAAUGCUUUUUUCGCAGCGGGAGCAUUUUUGGGAGAAAAGUGGUUCUUGGACCGUAAAGCACUCUGUGAUAUUGUGAGCUUCUUCUGCUUGAGCGCGUGUUUAUGCUCAUUAGCAACAGUUGCUGCAAUCGCCGUGAAUCGCUAUGUUUGCAUCUGUAGACCGUCGAUAUAUCCUAAGAUGUACAGCAAACUGAACACCGCAAUCAUGAUCAUCAUCAUGUGGGUCUAUAGCUGUUGGCUAAACAUCGGCGCUCUCAAUGGGUUCGGAAAGUUCACAUACGAUAAGAAGAUGCUGGGAUGUAUAUGGGAUAGAAAUGCAAAUCGACUGUUCACCGUUUUCUUUCUUCUUGGAGUAUUCAUCCCUGUGGGAAUCGUGGCCACCAGUUAUGCACUCAUCUUUGUCAAGGUCUAUACAUCGAAGAAAAAAGUCGCUGGUGAAAGUAAGAAGGGCAACGACUCAAACAUGACGAAAGAAAUCAAGUUGGCGAAAGUACUGUUCGGCCUAUUCGUUGUGUUUCUGCUGAUGAACUCACCAUACGGUGUAGCCCUCAUUUUCGACCCGAGUGAUAUAUUCCCAACGGUGAUCUGGACAUUGGUUGUUCAGCUCAUGCACGCCAACGGAUCAGGCGUAAAUUGCUUUGUGUACGGAUUCAGUAAUAAAGCCUUUAAUGAAGGAUACAAGAAUUUCUGCUGGAGGAUCCUUGGUUUAUGUGGUGUAAAGCGACCUAUUAAAAAACGAGACCCAAGAGAGAGUUCAACUGGUACGAUGGCCACAGCCGCCACUUCUGUAACGCAUGGAUAGUCCAAUGGACUACGAUAUGUUAAUGUACAGUUAAUGUUAAUGCACAGUUCCAUGGGUACGGGGAUAAUGAUAACUAGUAUUUUUUUUUUGGUUUUUAUGGUUCAUUUAUUGAAAUCAUAUAUAUAUAAUACAUUAACAGGGCCUAGGCGAAAGCAUUAUUGGCCCUGUGAGAAUACAACAUACAAAGUAUUACAGAUGGCUUUUUGUUGAAACAACUGAUUAAAUGUUAUAAAUUGAUAAUUCAAAUAAUUUCCAUUAUUUUAUAGAG